CCUGCCCGGCUGCGUCCCUCCGCCUUGGCUGCGCCGAGCCCCGGCCGGAUGCUGCAGCUGCUGCGGGGACCAGACGGACUUGGGCUCGAGCCUUGUCCCCCUGCCCCUUGCGCCUGGACCGGGCGCUCCGGCGGCAGCUCGCCCCGACCCUGCCCCGCCGCUGGCGGCUGCGGGGGGUCCCCGAGGUGCCCCGGCACAGCGGAUGGCGGCGGACGGGAGCAGCGCCCGGCUCUGCCGGAGCUGGCCGGCGGCGGCUCUGCUGGGUUUACAGCUCUUCUCCAUGGCUGUCACCUUGGAGGUCUCAGUGGGGAAAAACCACCUUGUGAUGGCUCUGAACGGCUCAGAAGUGCAGCUGCCCUGCAUCUUCACCACUUGCAUAGGAUUCAAGAACCUUGACUUCACUUGGUAUUACAACAGCACUGACCUGAUAUAUCACGGGACGAUACAGAACAAAGCAUCCGAGCCAACGAUGCUAUACGCAGACUCUCGGGUUCGGUUCAUUGGCACAACCACCGGGAAGGAAAACAACAUCUCCAUCUCCAUGUUUGUGGACUUCGAUGACGCUGGGAAGUACACCUGCCAUGUCAGGAACCCAAAGGAAAUGAAUGCUGAACACAAUGCCACCAUCAUCCUCAAGGUGGUCCAGGAGCUGGUACCAGUGGACAACACGCUGACGCGCAUCAUCGUGGGAACCGUGGGCGGGCUCGUCGGCCUCCUCGUCCUCAUCCUUGUCAUCAAGAAAAUCAUCCUACUCAUCCUCAAAAAGUCUCAGGAGAAGAAGAAGGAGUGCCUCGUGAGCUCCUCAGGGAUCGACAACACUGAGAAUGGUCUGGCGGGCUCCAAGGCGAAACAGAAAGCUCCACCAAAGGCAUGAAGCAAACUCGGUCUGACCCACGAGGCAGCAAAACUCUAAUGGUGGGGGGAGGGGAAAUCUAUUUUAUUUUGAAACUAACCAUGCUUGAGACAUCUCUGUAUUAUGCACAGGCCUGCAAUUCGCGCCGCUCCUCAGCCCAGACUUGGAAUGCCGUGUGGCCUGGGAGCAGGCUGUGAUCCCAGCAGGGGAAAGGGAGCAGGCCAGCUCCAUUCUCUAUGGGAGGAGGUGGGAACUCCCUGAGCUAGAGCUGGACCUGGGGUGUGUGUGUGUGUGUUUUCACGUGGUGCGUGCGUGAGAGCGGCUUGUUCAGCACACACAGACUGGGCGUGAGGGCGCUGAGCAGAAACGGUGCCUUGCGAAGCUGAGAGGGUGGCGGGGGGGGGGGUGUCACCUGCCUGGCUCCCAGGGGUGCUAACCGCUGGGAGGAGGCUGUGCAUCAGGCAGAGGGCAGCUAGUUCCUGGCGCAGAGCCCACUGGCGCGCAAGGCUGCAUGGAACGCUAGCAGUAGAGAGAGAUGCGCCUGUCCCUGCCUGAGCAUAGGGCUGGCUCAAGGAGAAAGGGGGCUCUGCUGCCAAGUACACUUCUGAACCAAAUGACUAGUGCCACCUUUACCAAGCCUGGCUUUAAUCUCUUUUCCUAACUGGCUAAGGGUAGCAGCAGGGGCCCCUGCUGCUGCUGCUCCUGGGAUGAGCUCUCCCUCCCCUGCCACUUCCAUUCCGCCCCAGCAGGCGAGCUGCCCACUCGAUCAGUCUGGGCUUGUGCAACUCCGUGGUAUUGUCACCAGCUGCCGUUGGUGCCAAGGAUGGAAUACACUGCGGCCAGGAGUCGCUGUAGUCACGGGGGGCUAUGUCCGUUAGUUACAUACAGCAGCCAUUCACCUGCUACCCUGUGUGAUUGCUAUGGGCCUGGAUCUCCACUGCCCUGCCCCUGGUGUACUCACUUGCACUAGUGCAAGGGGAGUGCAGAGCACUGCCAGUCCGACUCCCUUUGCACAUGGCAGCACAAGGUGCAGGGGUCCUGAGUCUGGCUGCCUGGCAAACCUGCCCUGUGAGCUCUGUGUGGAAAAGCUGGGUCAAUAGUAAAGUGUUGG